AGACGUUUUCUCAACGGACACCAGACCAUGGCGACGCCACUCGACGCCUUUACGUGCGCCAUCACGCAUGAGGUCAUGACGGACCCGGUCGUGACGGCCGACGGCCAGUCGUACGAGCGGGCGGCCAUCGAGCGCUGGCUCACGGACCAUGACACGAGCCCGGCGACGAACCAGCGCCUGCCCUCCCGUGCGCUUCUGCCCAACGUCGCGCUCAAGAAGGCGAUUGACGAGCACCGCAGUGCGCACGCUUCGCCUGCUCGGUCGCGCUCCAACGAGGCGUCGCGGCGGCGCGCCUUGUCGCCGGACGUGGCGACCCGGUCGGUGCGCCAAGCCACGCACGUGCUCACGCGCGACCAAGCGCUGCCCGAGAUCGGUUACUUUGUCUACCGCACCGAAGGCAACCUCGAUCUCUUCAAGCACCCGUCGCUGUACGACCCGGCGGUGGGCCCGAACCGGGAGCGGCUCGUCCUCCCGGCAGGCGAGCUCGUCGUCGUUUCGCAGCGCGAGUACGGCCGCGACUCGAACCACAUCUUUUUGAAGCUGAGUACCGAGAACGAGCCGACGCUUCAAGGCUUGUACAUCCUCGAGCAAGGUCGGUACCCGCCGUACGCGCCGACGGCCAUCCAGGCGAUUGUCACCAAGGAGGUGGCCGUGUACCGCGCGCAUGCCACAACCCUCCGGUACUUUCGGCCGACGACCAGCACCGCCGGCGUCCUUGCGCUGACGGACCGAAGCGUUGCCGUCGACACGCUCCUCGCAGCGAACCUCCACGUGCGUGAUCCGGUCACGCGCAUCGAGUUCGUGCGCCUCGACAACUCGACGCUCUGGGUCCCGAGCGCACUCUUGACGCAAGUGACGCUUCGGACGACACGGCUCGUGGUCCGCGCCACGACGAACCUCUCGCUGCGCCGCAAUCUCAUCUCUGGAAGCGACGAAACAACGGUUCUCCGGCCCGGGGCGCUGGCGGUCUCGGGCCAGCAGACCACGGUCGCCGGUGUCUGCUACGCCAACGUCACAACCGGCGACGUCUCGGGCUGGUGCACGCUUCGACCGGACGACUUCCUCCCCAGCUGCCCGCUGCGCCUCGCCGAGAAGUCUGCGGGGCUCUACAUUCCGGUCGUGAUCUUGCAAGGCUCGUACUUCCUCGUCGUGCUCAACCAAUUGCAGAGCGACGGGUCGAUCCAGCAGAGCAUCAAGUUUAGUCUUCCCCACACGAUGGCGCGCCAGAUUGAGAAUUGCACGGCGAAGGGCCGGCACGUGACGCACGCGGCCCUCGGCCCCAACGCCGAGUGGUACAUUAGUGGCACCAAGCCCGACGGCACCGGCGGCUGUGCGUGGGCCAGCAACAACGCCCCGGUCGCCUUCCGGAACGUCAUGGGCGUCAACUGCCGCGUCGCCUUUGGCAAGUAUGGCGCGUACGUCUGCGACGACGGCACCACCGUCUACUCCGCCGGCGUUCCGAUUCCGUUUCGCGACCGGCUGGCGACGGCGACCGCGCGUCCGUUCGUGUCGUUUGGCCUCUCGGGCGAGUAUGGCUGCUUCAUCCACGACACAAAGGGCGGGUACAUGGCCCACAUGUCAGAGUUCUUUGAGUACGACGUGCUGGACCCGCCGCCGCCCAAACGCUAUGGCCGGCUCGUUGCCUUGAUCUACUCGAAUGGCGAGCACAUCAAGAUUUUUGAAAACUCGUUCAUGUCGACGGGCAAUGUGCCGCAGACCAUGAAUGACGCACUGGAGGACUUUUACCGCCGCCACCAGCGCAUGCGCAACGAGCGCCGCCAGCUCAUCAGGCGCUACAACUCCCUCGCGACGACAACGACGACGGCGUAACACGUCCGACGAGAUGGGGUGGUGCUGCACGACGCCUCUUCAUGCAGCCGAAGUCGAUCGAAAUAUAUGGUCAUGUGUUUGGGUC